AUGGAUGAAAAUAAAGAUGUGGACUCAAAAGAAAGUGGAGAAUAUGAAGAUGACUUUGAAAAGGACCUGGAAUGGUUAAUUAAUGAAAAAGAAAAAGGUGGUGCCAGCAUAAUAGAGAUGGCUUGUGGAAAUGAAGAGAAUAUUAACCGAGAAUUAAAAGACCAUGAAACAGAAACAGAACACACUGAACAGAAUUCUGAUCCUGACAAAUCUUUGAAGGAUGAAGUUUCACCAAGAAGAAAUGACUUCAUUUCUGUACCGAGUAUUCAACCUUUGGAUCCCAUAUCAGAUUCAGAUAGUGAAAACUCUUUCCAGGAAUCCAAAGUAGAAAGCCAGAGAGCCCUGGAGGAGGAAGAGGAUGAGGAAGUAAGGAGAUAUAUUAUGGAAAAAAUUAUACAAGCCAACAAGAUUCUACAGAAUCAAGAACCUGUGAAUGAUAAAAGGGAACGGAAGCUUAAGUUCAAAGACAAAUUAGUUGAUCUGGAAGUUCCUCCACUGGAAGACACUGAUACUUACAAAAAUUAUGUUGAAAAAGAAAGUAGUAUGUCUGGAAAACUCUCACAGUUAUGUAUUUCCAAGGAAUUUGGACAAGAAAAUGUGCUCGUGUCACUAACUGAUGGAAAUUGUGAAGAGAACAAGGAUAGGAAAAUUCUAGUCGAGAGAGAUGGAAAGUUUGAACUUCUGAAUUUACAAGACAUUGAGAGUCCGGGGGUUUUGCCCCCCAUUAAUACUAAUAGUACAGAAAACGAGCCUCACCAGUUGUCAUCCAGAUCUUCCAACUCAAAUGUCAAUGGUGUCAAGAAAGAAGAGCCGAUAGCAAAGAUUCAUGCUGUUGCUCAUUCAUCAACAGAAGAGCCACUGGCUUAUAUCCCUCAGCCACCAGCCAACCCCAAGACUCGUCCAAGUUCUGCUGCCAACUCAGAUCGAAGUAAGGGGAAUGGGAAACCUAAUCACAGGACACAGUCUGCAAAUACACCUCCAGUGACCUCAACAUAUUGUCUUUCCUCUCGACAGAAAGAACUGCAAAAACAGCUAGAACAAAAGAGAGAAAAGCUAAAGAGAGAGGAAGAACAACGAAAAAUAGAAGAAGAAAAAGAAAAGAAAAAACAGAAUGACAUGGUAUUUAAAGCAUGGUUGCAAAAGAAAAGAGAGCAGAUCAUAGAAAUGAGGAGAAUUCAGCGAGCAAAGCAAAUCGAAGACAUGAAUAGCAGACAGGAAAACAGAGAUCCACAACAAGCUUUUCGAUUAUGGCUUAAAAAAAAGCACGAAGAGCAGCUGAGAGAAAGAAAGACAGAAGAACUACGAAAGCAGGAGGAAUGUUUAUUCUUCCUUAAAGGGACCGAAGGCCGCGAAAGGGCCUUUAAACAAUGGCUACGAAGGAAACGGAUCGAAAAACUAGCAGAGCAACAAGCUGUCAGAGAAAGAACUAGACAGCUCCGACUAGAAGCAAAGCAUUCUAAACAAUUGCAGAGCCACCUACAUAUGUCAGAAGCCAAAGCUUUUCGUUUUACUGAUCAUUACAAUUGA